GGUUUAUAAGGUGCUGGAGGAUGUCCUGGCUCCAUCCCUGUCUGUACCUGCGUGGGUCUGAGCAGCAUCGCUCUCCUCCAGCCCAGGGAGCCUGGCUGAAAGCACACCGGGUUACCUCCGUCGGCAUCGCUGCUCUCUGAGAGCACGGGCAGAGGAGCACAGUGCUUGACGCCGGCUCGGCGGAGCACCGGGGUGCCCAAACCCCCUCCCCGCGUCCCCUGGGCAGCCGGCGAUGACUGACGCGGUGGUGGGCGGCAGCUCUGACCGGUGGAUGUGCCCCAGCGACAGGACCAUGUCUCUCCGGGCCAGCAGCGAGAAAGAGCAGCUCCCCGCCGGCUGGGCAGCGCGGGGCGGCCAGCCCGACCGGCCGCGCAAGAGCGAGGAGCUGACGGACGAGGAGAAGGAAAUCAUCAACCGAGUCAUCGCCCGGGCCGAGAAGAUGGAGGAGAUGGAGCAGGAGCGCAUCGGGCGCCUGAUGAGCCGGCUGGAGGACAUGCGCCGGAGCGUGCUGGGCGACGGGGUGAACCGCUGCAUCCUCUGCGGGGAGCAGCUGGGGCCGCGCGGCUCCGCCUGCGUCGUCUGCGAGGACUGCAAGAAGAACGUCUGCACCAAGUGCGGGGUGGAGACCACCAACAGCCGGCCCCACGCCAUCUGGCUCUGCAAGAUCUGCAGCGAGCAGCGGGAGGUGUGGAAGCGCUCCGGCGCCUGGUUCUUCAAGGGUUUGCCCAAGCAAGUGCUGCCCCAACCGAUGCCCGUCAGCAAGAAUAAGGGACCCCAACCUCCGAGCGAGCCCGGCCCGUCGGAGCUGCCCACCCAGGACCAGAAACUCCCCUCCCGUGCGCCCACCCGAGGCGUGAAGAGGACCAACUCCCUGCAAGCUCCACGGCCACCCCCACCAGCCGCUGCCGGCCCCAGUCCUGGUCCCAGUCCAGCAGCACCCCCAGUGCCACCAGCAGCGGGGAGACCGGGUCCUGGGGCAGCCGGCCGGUUCCCGGAAAGACAAGCGAGCCCACCGCUGGGACCCCCAGAGCUGGCCCGUGCUGCUGCCAGGGAGGAGCGAGGAGGGGGCUACACCGUGCCCCCCGCCAGAGAGGAGAGGCCAGCCCGGCAGCCCCCCCAGGAGGAAGAGGAGGAGGACGUCAACAGCUACGACUCUGAUGAAGGCACUACUCUGGGAGCGCUGGAGUUCAGCCUGCUCUACGACCAGGAGAACAGCUCCUUGCACUGCACCCUCAUCAAGGCCAAAGGCUUAAAACCAAUGGAUUCAAACGGCCUGGCAGAUCCCUACGUCAAACUGCACCUCUUGCCUGGAGCCAGCAAGUCGAAUAAACUGAGGACGAAGACGCUGCGCAACACCCGUAACCCUGUGUGGAACGAGACCCUGGUGUACCACGGCAUCACAGACGAGGACAUGCAAAGGAAAACCCUCAGGAUCUCCGUGUGUGAUGAAGACAAAUUUGGCCACAAUGAGUUUAUUGGAGAAACUAGAGUUUCCUUGAAAAAACUCAAAGCCAAUCAGAAAAAGAACUUCAACAUCUGCUUGGAGAGAGUAAUACCAAUGAAGCGUGCGGGAACGACCGGCUCAUCCCGUGGGAUGGCACUGUACGAAGAGGAGGUAGAUCGUGGUGGGGACAUAGAGGAGCGUGGGAAGAUCCUCGUGUCCCUCAUGUACAGCACCCAGCAGGGCGGCCUGAUCGUCGGCAUCGUACGCUGCGUGCAUUUAGCAGCCAUGGACGCCAACGGAUACUCGGACCCUUUCGUUAAACUUUGGCUGAAACCUGACAUGGGAAAAAAGGCCAAGCACAAGACACAGAUUAAGAAGAAAACAUUGAAUCCUGAGUUUAAUGAGGAGUUCUUCUAUGAUAUAAAACACAGCGAUCUGGCCAAGAAGUCACUGGACAUUUCUGUCUGGGAUUACGACAUCGGAAAAUCGAACGAUUACAUCGGUGGCUGUCAGCUUGGCAUUACGGCUAAGGGGGAGCGCUUGAAACACUGGUAUGAAUGUUUGAAGAACAAGGACAAGAAAAUUGAACGCUGGCACACCCUCCAGAACGAGAACCACGUCGCCAGUGAUUAAAGGGAGUCGCUGCCCGAACCUCCCCGAACAGCCCGUCCUCUGCCAAGCCCCUGUAGAUCUCUGAUGUCCGUCUUCCAGUGCAGUCAUGCCUUGCUACACGCCCUCUGGUCCCAGGGCAUCCAAGCAUCCUCUGUGUCCUCCCACCCGAAAACUAACCCAGAUCUUUUAUAUUCUCUUCUUCCUUUUUUUUUUUUUUUUUCCCCCUUUUUUUGGGGGUGGGGUGUCACUGAAUUAUCCUGGUGUGUAAUUUUGUCAAGCAAUAGUUACCCUCUGACUGUUCCUCUUUCUCACUAGUCUCACGCACGCCGUGAUAGCGUUCCUGUUGUGUGUGUGAUGCUCUGUGUUCCUCCAGCCUCCGCUCGCGUGGCUCGUCCCGUCCCCACCAGCUCGUGGCUCCUUUCUCUCCUAGCGGGACCUGCGGCCCCCGACCCGGCCGUGUUCUCGCCCGGCGUAGUGGGGUUGAGCGCCGGUGUCAGAGCAUCGACCCGUUCUGCUUGUGUGAUAUCGAUACCUCAGUUGCAAUAAUGAAAAAGCUGUUUGGCUUUGGUGUGGGUCGUAACCGUAGCCUGGUAUCUGUGUUGUUGUGAUUAGGCUAAAGCCUGUGUCACUGAUGUAAUCCCGCGAGUCCUGCUUGAGCUUUAGUUCUGAUUUGGUACACUUGAGCAAUAUUGUGGUACAUCCUUUGCUGAGAAGAUCCACCAGUAACCCAAUGGCGAUAAGAUAAUGGGGAGCCACUGUGUGCUCGCAGGGAAACAGAGGUUUGGGUUGGUUCGUGUUUGUUUCCAGCUGCCACGCGCGGUUCCUUUUGCCCCCGAAACUCAGACGCUCCGUUGCUGUAGGAGCCCACCCGUGUUUCGAGCUCGUGACUACCUCCUCUUCACGUCCUAGCUGCGCAGUAGUGACUGUCUGAACCCUGAGGGCAGGCCCUGGGCCCUCCUCCGACUGCCCUUUCCGUUGCCCACCCUUUUGCACCACACGCAGAAGGGGAGCUGGGGGAGAAGAUACUUCCCACCAACUAGCUGAUGUGUGCAAGGAUUAUUGCUUUAAAAUACCACAAAUACUGAAAUUAGCUGGAACAGUUAGAGGUCUUCCAAACUUUGGGUUUGUGGUUUGUUUGUUGGGUUUUUUUUGGGGCUUUGGGUUGUUUGGUUGGUUGUUUUUUUGUUGUUUUUUUUUUUCAAAUCUGCACACAAGAACCAUCGUCUUCAACCUGCUCUUUAAUGAUCACCUGGAGGUGUUUGAUUUGCUCUCGAUGGCGGGAGAGUCGAGGGGCUCUCAGACUGAUGCCGAUCGGGUUUGGUAUCACUUGCUGUCUCUGGACGACCUCAAGCCUAGCACCAUCGUUAGUAGCACAAUAAGCACUGCUGGAAUAUCUUGUGGGUCUGCUACACACUGCGCAUGUUGUAUGAAACCUGAACCCAGCCCCUUCAGGUCACGCUGUCGUCCCAUGACUUCCCCUGCAACCGCUGCUCUGGUCCUCUGCCGUGCUGCUGCGUGGCGCGUUCUCAAUUCCGCUGUACCACAGAGCUCUUUCGUUUGAAUUGGAUGAGUUAUUUUCUUCUUCUAGAUUAUUUUUAAUUUUUUUUUUCCCCACCCUCCCCCGGCAGACUUUGCUCUGAGCAUCUCUGCAGGGCUGCGCUUCCCGCAGCAGGCGAGGGCUGGGUGCUGAGCGCCGUCGCUGCGUGGUGCUCACCCCUCUGUGUGCCGAGCGAUGCUGCUGCUGCAGAGCAGCCUUGCCCCGGCCCCCCCUGCCAGGCUUGCACGUCCAAGGCCGUCUGCUUCCCCCCCCUCCCAGCCCUGCCUGGGUGCUGCCAGCUCCUUGGAGCCAGCUUUCCACCUGGAGAUGCGCUCGGACCACGGAUGGGGGAAACCAACCCAACCAGCGUUGGGCAUCUGCUGCUCCCUUCAGCCUGAGCUGGGGCAGCUCUUGGGCUGGCUGCUGAGCUGAGAGCUGCCUGGGGCAGAGUAUAAUGGGGCAAGACACUCCAAAAAUGGUUUUCCCCUCCCUUUCAGGCAUUUAUUGACUCUGCAGCAGUAAGGGCAACAUCCCGGCAAGCCCAAGCCAUGCUCCCCUCACCUGGCUCUGCAGAGGAUCCAGACUCAAAUGACCUGGAUCCUUCGGAUUGUUUCCUUCCGUGUCUCCUGCAGCCAUGCCUGGAACCUCACCCUGCUGGGCUGAGGUGUUUUGGGUGUAGGAUGCUGCCAUCAUCCCUUCCAGAGUGAGGGACCUGCCCCAAACCUUUGCACAGCCCUUACCUAUAUCUCGGAGCGGCAGCUGGGCACGGCGUGUUUCUGUGCUGUGCUGUGCUGGGGGAAUGUGGCACUGGGAUGAAACUACCUUUUUAAAAAAAAUAAAUCUGAGCAAUUCCUUAAUUUAUUCCAGACCUGCAGCAGCCCAGCCUCCUUUGUGUGUGCAGAACAAUUAAAUUAAGGUUGCCUUUAGCCAUGUCCUGUAUUGACAUUCUCUGCUCCGCCUGCUUUCCUUUCAGAUGAAUGAUACUCAAAUCAUGCCUUUGCACCCAUAAAAAUAAAGUGCAACUUGCCAAUCCCCCUCGCGGUAUUGUGCAAACCACAGUCCUCGUCUCUGCCGCCCUCUUCUCAGUUUUUCUGAUGGUAAUUUCUGCCCUGAAUGACUUGUUUUCGUUGUAAAUAAAGCAUGCACAUAUGGAUUGGGAAUGGUGCAAGAAAAAAAAAAAAAAAAAAAGAAGAAAAAAUGCCUCUUCUACUGCUGUUU